GUACAUGGAGUAUAUUUGAGCGUGUGAGAUUUGGCAACAAGGCAUAGAUUACGAUUUUAAUUUAACAAUUAUUUUGAAUGUGCUAUAUAUAUGUAUUAUGCAAAAAGCUAUAACAUCUGACGAAAUAAUUUGGAAACUGAACAACGUAACCUCUGUGAAGGUGUAACAACGUGGUUUGGAUCGCCUGAAUCUUCCGAGGUGCAUACACGUCUGUCCAGUCUCCAUGGAAAUCGAGACUCAUCAGACCAGGCAACAUUCUUCCAGUCUUCAACUGUCCAAUUUUGGUUUCAGAGCCAUACGGUAGUGUGCAAAAUGGCUUUCUGCCCAUGUCGCACUGGCCUGGUCAGGUUGGGGUUGGUCGGGGUCAGGUCCAGGGUUAAAUGUGCCUUCCUGGAUCCCCUGCCCCACGUUCUCUCCCCCUGCAACAGAGCUGUGGCUCGGACGCUGUUCAGUGAGACAGGUGUCUGGAGCAGGGAGUAUAAAGCAGACACCAGGCGCAAGGUGGAGCAAUGGUGGCACCCCCGUAUCAUGGAGCAGUGGCGAAUGGAUACUCUGGAUGAGAAAUCCCUUAGGAAGAAGUUUUAUGUCCUGUCUAUGUUCCCAUAUCCCUCGGGCCGUCUCCACAUGGGACAUGUGCGGGUCUACACCAUCAGUGACACCAUUGCACACUUCCAGAGGAUGAGGGGCCAUCAGGUUCUAAAUCCAAUGGGCUGGGAUGCUUUCGGACUCCCAGCAGAGAAUGCUGCCAUCGAGAGAGGCCUUGAUCCAGAGGAAUGGACCAAGAGUAAUAUCCAGUCUAUGCGGAAGCAGCUCGACAACUUGGGGCUCUGCUUUAACUGGGACAAGGAGGUUACCACUUGCCUGCCAGACUACUACAGAUGGACCCAGUGGCUGUUUGUCAAGCUCUUUAAGGCAGGACUGGCCUAUCAGAAAGAGGCAGUGGUUAAUUGGGACCCCGUGGACCAGACAGUAUUGGCUGAUGAACAGGUGGAUGAACGUGGGUGCUCUUGGAGGUCUGGGGCUCAGGUAGAGCAGAAACUACUCAGGCAGUGGUUUAUCAAGACCACCAACUAUGCCAAGCCCCUCCUUGAUGCCCUAGAAGAGCUGCCAGAGUGGUAUGGGGUAAAGGCAAUGCAGGCCAACUGGAUUGGAGACUGUACCGGCUGCUACUUUGACUUCCACCUUAAGAUGAAUGGGGAAGACAUGGGAGAGACUCUAGCUGGCUAUACCUCCAGCCCAGAGGCAGUGUUUGGGGCUGCAUACCUGUCUAUCCUUCCAUCCCAUAGACUGCUCCAUGGUACCAGCCCGGUUCGCUGUGCCCUGGAGAGAGCGCUGAAGACAGGCAAAGACUGCCUGACAGAGGUCAUCGCCCACAACUUGUUUACCGGUCAAGAACUUCCACUGGUAAUCUCCAGUAAGCAGGAGUUUAAUGGUCAUCUUGACACGGUCAUAGGUAUUCCUGACAGCAGUGAGGAGGAAGCUUCUGUAGCCAGAUCUCUAAGUCUAAGUUGGAGACCAGUCCUGAAGAGCCACGAUAAUGGAAAACAAACACUGCUCAACUCUGCUGAGUUCACAGGCCUCAGCAGGGAAGAGGCUUUUGACGCUGUUACCCAGAAGGCCAGGGAGAGAAAUGUGGGUGGCUACCUAACCAGUUCCAAGCUCCGGGAUUGGCUGAUUUCCCGGCAGCGUUACUGGGGCACGCCCAUCCCUGUGGUGCAUUGUGGUUCUUGUGGUCCUGUGGCUGUCCCUGAGGAGGAACUUCCUGUUACCUUGCCCAAACUACCGUCCCUCACCGGGAAGGGAGCAUCCCCUCUAAAGCACGCUGCUGAUUGGAUCAGCUGUACCUGUCCAAGGUGUAAAGGUCCGGCCAGAAGGGAGACAGACACCAUGGAUACAUUUGUGGACUCAUCCUGGUACUACUUCAGAUACACAGACCCCCAAAACCAAGAAAGGCCUUUUAAGCGCUCCCUGGUAGACCACUGGCUUCCUGUGGACGUUUACAUUGGAGGGAAGGAGCAUGCUGUCAUGCAUCUGUACUAUGCACGCUUCCUCAGUCACUUCUGCCGGGACCAGGGCCUGGUAGAACACAGGGAGCCUUUCAAGAAGCUGUUGGUGCAGGGCCUUAUCAAGGGCCAGACAUUUAGAGCUGCAGACAGUGGACAGUACCUAAAGAGAGAGGACAUCGACUUUACAGGUAAGGAGCCAGUGCAGGUGGGUAGUAAUGCUAGGCUGCAGGUGACAUGGGAGAAGAUGUCCAAGUCGAAAAACAAUGGCCUGGAUCCUCAGGAGGUGGUGCAGCAGUACGGCAUCGACACUGUCCGCCUCUAUAUCCUCUACGCGGCUCCCCCCGAACAGGACAUCCUCUGGGACGUCAAGACGGAUGCUCUGCCUGGGGUCCUACGGUGGCAGUCUCGUCUGUGGGGACUAGUGACCAAGCUGAGGGGGGCUCGGCGAGAUGGUGGCGUCCCCGACCCCUCGUUGCUAAAGAGGAAGGAUCAGGCAGAGGCCAGGAAGAUCUGGGAGAACAAGAACUAUGCAGUGGAACAGGUCACAGGUCAUUUCACAGAGGACUUCCUGCUGAACGCAGCGAUCUCUCGACUCAUGGGACUCACCAACACACUCUCUAAUGCGUCGCCUUGUGUGGUGCAGCACAGUUUGGAGUUUGAGGAGGCUUUGGCCACGCUGUGUGUGAUGACUGCCCCCAUGGCCCCACACCUAGCUUCUGAACUCUGGGCAGGGCUGAGCCAGGUGAGUAACCCCUUGAGCCCCCUUCUGUCCCGAGGAGGAGACGUGCUGCAGCAGCCCUGGCCCUGCCUAGACUCUGAGUACCAGGAGAUCCCUGACAUCCUGGAGCUGGCUGUACGGAUCAACAACAAGAUGUGUGGGACAGUAUCAGUGCCUCGGCAGGUGGCCCAGGAUAUAGAUCAGGUACGGGCAAUGGUUCUGGAAAGCGAGCUGGGACAGUGUCUCCUAGCAAAUAGGACCAUCAAGAAAGCCGUUUUGUCCCCAAGGACCGCCCUCAUCAACUUCCUCGUUGAGGAGUGACUGAUCAAUCCUGGAUGUUGUUGACUGUCCAGUCGAGUCAGAAGACAGCAGCAACUCACAAACUUGAAAGCGGAGACAUCAUAUCUGUGAAAAGAUGAAAGACUAUUUGAAAAUGAAAACUUAUGAGCAGACUUUAAAUAAAAGUAGAAUACAGAUGACUUGUAUCA